CGUUUCCGGUUCAUAGGUUCCCAACGUGGCUUCUGAUGUUUUCCAGCGUGUGGAGUUCACAGAUAAGAAAGUAAAGACACACCUCAGAGAACAACAGAGAAAAUGGGCGAGUUUAAGGUGCACCGUGUUCGGUUCUUCGACUACAUGCCCUGUGCUAUCAGCGCCAUGGCGUUUCACAGACACAGUGAGCGGCUGGCUGUGGCCCGGGCUGAUGGAGCUGUGGAGGUCUUCUGCUUCGCUGACAACUAUUUUCAAGAGAAGGUGAUUCCAGGACAGGACGGCAGGGCUGUUGAGGCUCUGUGUUGGGUGGGCCAGCGUCUGUUCAGUGCUGGUUUGAAUGGAGAGAUCACAGAGUAUGACCUGGAGAACCUGAGGCCCAGGUACACAGUGGAGGCCUACGGAGGACCAAUCUGGACCAUCAGCAGCAACAGCCAGGGGACUCUGCUGGCGGUGGGUUGUGACGAUGGGACUGUGAAGAUGUUUGAAAUACUGGAGGAGAGAAUUCAGUUUCAAAGAAACCUGGACAGGCAGAAAGGUCGUAUUAUAUCUCUCUCCUGGCAUCCCUCUGGUACACUGAUCGCUGCAGGCAUGAUGGACAUGAUCAGAAUUUUUGACGCUGAAACAGGCCACGCCACACACAGGCUGCUGGUGGAGAGGGGCGUCGGAGCAUCCAAGAGCAAAGAGGUGGUGGUAUGGAGCAUUGUGUUCCUGUCUGACCACACCAUCAUUAGCGGCGACUCUGCAGGAAAGGUCCAGAUCUGGGACGGAUUCACAGGGACUCUGGUCAGAACGCACCUUGUCACCAAGUGGGAUGUUCUGGCUCUGUCUGUUUCACAGGAUGAGAGCAGUCUGGUAGCAGGGACAUCAGAGGGAACCGUCGUCCAGUUUCAGUUCCUUUCCUCCACUGUGGACCAGCAGGAUAAAGAGUGGAUCAGAACAAGGACCUUCAAAAACCACUCACAUGAUGUGAGGGCGCUCGUCCACACAGACACUGCAGUGGUGUCUGGAGGUAUGGACACCCAGCUGGUCGUGCGACCCCUGCUGGACAAGGUGGAGAAGAAAACUCAGGAGUCAGCUCUGCGCAAAAUAGCAUUCCCACACAGAAAUCUGGUGUGCUGUGCAAAAAAAGCAGGACUGCUGCUCUUCCAGUUCCCCGACCAUUUAGAGGUGUGGAGAGUCGGGGAGAGCGAUGGACACGGAAAGCCUGGUGACAGUCUGCUUGUGAAGAGGAAGCCAGAGAAACUGAUCCAGCUGAAGACGAAGGGGGAGGAUCACAUCUGCUGCAGUGCUUUGUCUCCAUGUGGAGGCUGGCUGGCUUACUCUACAGUCUCCAGUGUCCGUCUGUACAGAUUACAGUACAACAACAACAUCAGUAUCACAAAGGUCUCCAGACUACCUAAAGAGCUUCGCUGGGCUCAUCAGCUCUGCUUCUCCUCAGACUCCUCCAAGCUCUUUGCCUCCUCCACUCACUCUACUGUCAUUGUUGUAGCCCUAAACCAGCUGGAGUGCAAAUACCUUCAAACCCUCAAACCCAAGUCAGGCUCCAGACAGCCGGUCCACCUGCUGUUUGCCAGUGAAGAUGGGAAGUGGCUCGCGUCAGCAAACACAGACUGUGAGGUUCACGUCUACAACCUUCAAAAGCUAAAGCUUCAUUGUACAGUUCCAGUGUACAACUCCUGCCCCACCGCCGUAGCCAUCAACCCAGCCACAAGCAACCUGGUGGUGGCGCAUGCUGACCAGCAGAUCUUUGAGUACUCCCUGGUGCAGAAGGAGUACACAGAGUGGAGCCGGAAGCUGCAGAAACAAGGACUGCACUCCCUGUGGCUGGAGAGGGACACACUCAUCACAAACAUCACCUUCAAUCCUAAAAACCCGGCUCACAUCAUCCUGCACGACAUGUUCAUGUUCUGCAUCGUUGAUCAAAGUCUGCCACUUCCUGAAGCGAAGGCUAUCCUCUACAAUCAGAUGACACUGAGGAGUCUUCCUGAGCCAGAGAGGAUACGACACAGCCAUGCCUUUAAGAUAUGCAAGAAUUUUCAGCACCUCCUGUGUGUGACUUUACUGGAGGACCACUCUCUUGUUGUGGUGGAACGCCCCCUGCUGGAGAUAAUGUCUCAGCUGCCUGCACCUGUCCGGCAGAAGAAGUUUGCUACAUAAGUGAACUGUCAGAGAACAAUGGAUCAUUUUCAUAAAUCACUGUAACCUCCACAUCUGAACUCAUUUUUAACAAAUGUCAAUGUGUCUCCACUUUGUAAAAAAAAAAAAAAAAGCCUUGAUUAAAAAAAGAAGAAAUAAAUAGA